AUGCAGCACUACGGGGUGAACGGCUACUCUCUCCACGCCAUGAACUCACUGAGCGCCAUGUACAACCUCCACCAGCAGGCGGCGCAACAGGCCCAGCAGGCACCUGACUACAGGCCAUCGGUGCACGCACUCACUCUUGCAGAGAGACUGGCUGACAUUAUCCUUGAGGCCCGGUAUGGCUCCCAGCACCGAAAGCAGCGGCGGAGUCGGACGGCCUUCACCGCCCAGCAGCUGGAGGCCCUGGAGAAAACCUUCCAGAAGACCCACUACCCUGAUGUGGUGAUGCGUGAACGUCUGGCCAUGUGCACCAACCUGCCUGAGGCGCGCGUGCAGGUCUGGUUCAAGAACCGUCGGGCCAAGUUUCGUAAGAAGCAGCGCAGCCUGCAGAAGGAGCAGCUCCAGAAACAGAAGGAGGCGUCGGGAGCAGCGGAGGGCUCUACAGAGGACUCCAAGGCCAACCUCACCACCAACACCGCCACUCUGGUUCCUGAAGUCCGCACUCCUCCCCCUCCCUCCUCUCUUUCAUCCUGUCACUCAGAGACAGAGAGGCUGGCAGCGGCGCAGCCCCAGCCCGGUGAGAUGAGUGUGGAAGUCAACGUCACCUCCCCUGAGCCAUCGGACAGUGAGUCAGCAGCAGAAGAUAAUGCUGACAGAGACGAGGAUGAAAUGAGGGGGGAGACAAGGGUGAAGAUGAGGGAGGAGACGCAGGGGGAGGGGGGGGCGCUGCCGGGGAGCAGCUCCCCAUCCUGCAAACGACUCAGCCCAACGUCAGAGUCUCCCCUGAGCUCCCCCGCCUUGCCGUCCUCCAGCAGCGUGACCAGCGGUUUGGCUCAGAGCAACUCCUACGCCUCGUCUCCCCUCAGCCUCUUCCGGCUGCAGGAGCAGUUUCGGCAGCACAUGGCCGCCACCAACAACCUGGUGCACUACCCGUCCUUUGACAUGAGCACGCCGUCCUCUCUGCCCUACCUGGGGAUGAAUGUCAACAUGCCGUCCCCGCUGGGGUCGCUGCCCUGCCAGUCCUACUACCAGACCCUGUCGCAGGCCCAGCAGGUCUGGAACAGCCCGCUGCUGCAGGCGGCACCAGGCAGUCUCCCAGGAAGCCUCAACAGUAAGACCACCAGCAUUGAGAACCUCCGUCUGAGGGCCAAGCAGCACGCAGCCUCGCUAGGAUUGGACACGCUCCCCAACUGA